AUGACUUCAUCUCCAACAUCAUAUUUUAUUACUGUACGUGGUAUUCGUAUCCAUUAUAAUCUUGCCAUUCCUAAUAAUAGAAUAUGUUCUGAAAAUAAUGGUACUAUUGUUUUUAUACAUGGUUUUCUUUGUAGUACAUUUACUUGGAAUAAAUGUCUACAACCAUUAGCUGAUUUAACUGGUUAUCAAGUUUUAGCAUAUGAUCGUUUAGGAUUUGGUUUAACUGAACGAAUUCUCAAUGGUGAACUUUAUACUCGAAAAAAUGAAGAAUUAAUUGCACUUGAAUUACUCAAUCAAUUGAAUAUAUUAAAUAAUAUUCAUCUUGUUUCAAGUUCAUCGGGAGCUGUUAUUGCUUUUGAUAUAGCUAUAGCUCGACCAGAUCUUAUUCAAUCAAUUAUUUUUAUUGCUCCCUAUGGUCUUAUUACUUUUCAAUAUUCAGCAGGACCUAUAAGUCGUUUAUUUCUUGGUAUUCAACCAAUUCAAUAUCUAAUCAAAUUUGGUCUAACACAUUUUCUUCCAUUUAAAAAUGCUUAUUAUAAUGAAGAUAUUGCAAACGAUAAUAUAACUCGUGAAGGUUAUCUUAAACCUAUACAUGAUGAUCCACUUUUUAUAAAAAGUUUUAUUCUUUUUAUACAAAAUUAUGAUGCAUCAUCAUCAAAUACAUUAUGGAAUAAACUUGAUAAAAAACUAAAAAUUUUAAUUAUUAUUGGUGAACAAGAUAAAAUAGUACCAAAAGAAAAUAUUCAAGAAUUUUAUAAUAUUUUAAAACAAAAUCGUUCAUCCGAAAGUAUAACUGAAUAUGUCAUUAUUUCACAAUGUGGUCAUUUACUACAAGAAGAACAAGCCGAUAAAUUAAUAACAUUAAUUAAUCAAUUUAUCACAUGUUAA